AUGGAUAAUAAGACAUAUUUUUUCUAAAUAAAGGCCAUUUUCUAGAAGAACUUGUUAUGCUCUUUUAGAAACAAAGAAUUUUUAGCAGAAACUCUAAUUCCAUUUAUUUGUGGAUUGAGUUUAGCUGCUAAAGAUAUCGAUGGUACUCAAUUGAUAACCUUUUUUGCUCCAUUUUUUGUUGCUUUGGCCAUAUUUUCAAAUCCAAGAUCAUUAUUGAUACAUUUAUGUGAAGAGAAGGAGCUCAAGUUUAAGGAAACUCAGAAGGUAAUAAAUUUCAAUAAUAGUAGAUUAUGGGUUUGAAGCAAAACUCAUACUUGAUAGGAUGGAUGCUGUACGCUUACUUUAAAACUUUGAUGGUACAAUUGAUAUACAUAUAUAUUAGUCUUUUACAAUAUUUAUUCUUUCGUGGACAUUGUUCGGAUAUAUCAUGAAUGAGAGACAUGGUCGAAACAUAUUUGGAUUUGAUGAUGACACAGCAUGGUACAUAAUAUUUGGACUUUACUUCAUAUAUGCAACCGCUUUGAUACAUUAUUCAAUGUUUUUAACAACAUUCUUUUCAAAAUCAAAGACUGCAAAUGAAAUUACAACAUUUUUGCUAGUUGUAUCGUUAAUAUUGCCAUUUUUUGGAUUUGUUGACAAAUUUUAAAGGUAUUCAAUGUGAUUUAUAAUCUAUUAGUACUUUAUUUUUCGUUUUGAUUUCCCUAUUUCCAUAAACAUGUAUUGCACUUUCGUAUAUAUCAACACAAUAUGGAGUGUUUAGAUAUUUGAAUAUUCAACUUGAGGAAUACUUCUCUCAUGGAGCAAUGGCAAUAUAAUUAGGAGUAUUGUCAGCUGUAUAUUUGUUGCUGUAUUUUUAUUUCGAUGCCAUAAUCCCUAAUGAAUAUGGUAUUGCAAAGCAUCCUUUGUUCUUUCUAAAUUUUACUAAAGGUAAAACAGAAAAACGAAAAGUUGAUUUAGAGAAUCCUUUGAUAUAAUAGGAAUAAGAGAAUAUAGCUUCUUAGACAUAUAAUGAUGAUGGCUCAAGUGCCUUUUAUCAUGAGCAAAGAAACUACUUAAAUGUUAAACCUUCAGUGAAGAUAAGAUCAAUAGUGAAAAAGUUUGGGAACUUUACGGCUGUAGAUUAAGUGAGUUUGAAUUUGUAUUAGAAAGAAAUCUUAUGUCUACUGGGACAUAAUGGUGCUGGGAAAACAACUACAAUAAAUGUAUUAACAGGAUUACUGAGUUUGACUGCAGGAAAGGUUUACGUUUUUGAUUAGGAAUUAGAGAGUAAUUUGGAAGAGAUUAGAGAGAGGAUUGGAAUAUGUAAUCAAAGGGAUGUUUUAUAUGAUGAAUUGACAGUCAAAGAAUAAUUAUAGUUCAUGGGAAGAGUGAAAGGGUUGGAAGGCAAUGACUUAGAGUAAGAGAUAUAGCAAAUAUUGUCUACCACAUUAUUGACUAAUGAAUAGGAGAAAAUAACAAAGACAUUGAGUGGAGGAAAUAAAAGAAAGCUAUCUUUGGCAUAAGCAAUCAUAGGAGGAUCCAAUGUAUUAUUUUUAGAUGAGCCAACUUCUGGAAUGGAUGCUUAGACAAGAAGAGGAAUUUGGGAAAUAUUGGAGAAAGUUAAGGCUGAGAACAGAACUCUUGUACUUACAACUCAUCAUUUAGAUGAAGCUGAGGAGUUGGCUGAUAGAAUUGCUAUUAUGGCUGCUGGUAAAUUACUUGCUUGUGGCAGAAGUGAAUACAUUAAGCAGAAUUUUGGAGAAGGAUAUUCCAUUUCAAUCACUAUAGUCGAUAAAUCAAUUGAUAAAGAAGAAAUCGUUAAAUUUACAUAAGAUAAUUUACAAUAAGCAGUUUUGGAUCCUCAAUCAUCAUAACUUUCUAUUCUAUUUAAAAUUAAAUUUAAUUAGAAAAAAUACUUACUUAAUUAUUUUUAGGCUUUGGAGAGGGAAUUUUAGAAUAAGUUAUCAGUUAAUUUCAGGAUUAAUUCCCUUGAAGAUGCUUUUAUCAAUAUUGGAAUGGAUGAAGAGAAGUUCCUAGAGAGAGCCAAAAGGAUGGUCGAAGGGAGAACCAGUGUCAAUGAAGAUAGAGAUAGUGUAAUUGGAACUGAUCAAUUUGCUGAACUUAAGUCCAAAGUUCCAGUUCCAGAUUGUUUGAAUAGAGGUAAUUAGUUAUUUGUAAAGUAGAACCUGUUUAUUCAUUUAAAGAGUAAACAUUGGCCAUCUAUCUUAGAAAAUAUUACACAACUAUUAGAACCUUCAGCAAUUAUUUAGCUAUCCUCAUUCCCUUAGCAUUGAUUGUAACUGGCAUAGUUGUCAUUGGGGAAAUGGAUCUUGGAGAAGAGAAUAAAGAUACGAAAGUAUUCAGAAUGAUCUUUUUCUCAAUCUUUGCUAUUAUUGCACUUUGUUUCAAUUCAUCCUUAUUUAUAAUGCAGCCUGUUUUAGAAAGAGAAACCAACCUGAAAUAUGCUUUGGUAGCUAUGGGUUGUAGACCAUUGCCUUAUUGGUUUGGUACUUUUCUAUUUGAUUUCACUAUUUAUUUUGGAAUGAUAUUCAUUAUCAUUAUGAUUUCACUCACCUAUGAAUUCUUAAGUGAAAAAAUAGGUAAAGUAAUUUUUAUAUUCUUCUCAUUUGGAAUAUCCUUUAUUAUGUUUUCAUUCCUUAUUGGAACUAUGCUUUAUCAAAAGGCAUCAAAAGCAAUGAAAACAUUCCCUUUUUUAAAUUACUUUAUUUUCUUUGCUCUUCCCUUGAAUGUUUGGCUUAUUGUAGCCUUGAUUUUUAUGAAUGGAAAUGAUUCUGACGAAUUAUCAAGUGGAUAAUCAAUCGUAAUUAAAUUUGUGGAUUUGCUAUGUGCUCUCAUCAGUCCAUUUUACUCAUUUUUUUAGGCUAUUACCAAAUCUAAUGAUAUUGAAGGAGGAAAUGUACCUUACAUCUCAAAAGAAUAUUGGGUUUAUUGUUUAAUCAUGGUCUUUUAAGCCUUUGCAUUCUUUUUUUUGAAUAUUUAUAUUGAGUAAAUGAAAUACUUCAAAGAGAUGCCCACUAAUAAUCAAAGAUGUAAUAAUUAUAUUCCUGCUCCAAUCAAAGAUCCAGAAGUACUCAAAGAAAUCCAACAACUUUCUACUGGAAUCAAGAAUACUCCCAUUAAAGUCUUGCACUUACAAAAAUAAUACAAUCCCUCACAUUUCUUGGCAGUCAAAGAUAUAACAUUUGGAGUAGGACAGAAUGAAAUUUUAGGUUUACUAGGUCCAAAUGGUGCAGGCAAAUCUACUACUUUUAAUAUUUUAACUUCAUUAAUUGGUAAAUCAUCUGGAAAUGUUAAAAUUAAGGACGUUGAAAUAGAUAGAACCAAAUCAGAUGUGUUUAGAGACACUGGUAUCUGUCCUUAAUUUGAUUGUCUUUGGGAGAACCUUACUCCAAGGGAACAUCUCUAUCUAUUUGGAAGAAUGAAAGGUUUAUAUGGAAAUGAUCUUGAUCAAAGUGUAGCUUACUUUUUAAGUACCAUGUAAUUAGAAGAAUAUAUUUAUCGAAAAUCUGGAUUACUUUCAGGAGGUAAUAAGAGGAAACUCUGUGUCAGUAAUGCACUUAUUGGAGGACCUAGCAUUUAAUUCUUUGAUGAACCAAGCACAGGAGUUGACCCCAUUGCAAGAAGAUUUUUGUGGAAAACUCUCAGACAAGGUGUCAAGUUAAGACAAAGUUCAGUGGUUUUGACAACUCAUACUAUGGAUGAAGCUGAAAGUCUGUGUGAUAGAAUAGCCAUUAUGAUUAAUGGUGAAAUAUUCUGUUUAGGCAAUCCAAAAGAACUCAGAGACAGAUAUGGAGAAGGGUAUAACAUUUCCAUAAGAAAUCCUUCCAGCAGAGAAUAGAUACUUAAGAUCAUCUAGGAAUAAUAUUCAGAGGCUAAGGAAAGUUAGGAGACUCACGAGGAAUAUUAAUCAAUACAUGUAUAUAUUUAUUAUUAUCAAUUAGAUACCUACUCAUUAAUUUUAAUUCUUCAAUGUGUUUCAAUUGUUAACAGAAUUAGAAUAAAAAAAUUAUAUCAAAGAUUUUACUAUAAAUUAAUCAACAUUGGAAUCCGUAUUUUUAUAGUUUUCUUAACUCUAAUAGUAAUAGUAAGUUUCAUGAUUAUGAAUGUAUCCC